AUCGUCAGUAUUCACAUAGAUGCUUCCCAUCCUCACAGCUUUGGUAUUUUUGCAGUCCAGAACAUCAGCGCUUGCGCUAUCGAUGCACAACUUGCACACAUUGGCAGGGAGACCUUUGCAGUGCUGCGGCAAAUUCCAUGCUGUGUGGAAACAAUUGUAUAUCAUGACUACUGUGACGUUGACGUUUUCAACGCGGUACAGUAUUUCGUUUCUGCUGGAGUCCUAGCUUUUCGCACCAGCAUCGGGAUGCGAAAUUGGGUGGCGCCUUGGUGUCGCGAUGGCCGUCCGGAAGGUGCAGCCAUGCGGGUUUUGCGCCACACCGACAAGUUUCACGAGAGAUUGGAAACACUCUACCAGCAUUUCUUGUCACCGACAAGCCUCGUCAAUGACUGGACACAGGCGACGCCUUGCCCAGAGACUGAACGGAACUACAUGGUUUCUUUUUACAACUCUCAACCAGCGCUUUCUCUUCACUUUGGCCUUCAGCCCUGCUGCUUCUUCACUCAGCUAUUUGACCCCGAUCCAACGGGCUCUUGCCAAGCCAGGCGCGUACCCAAAUCUCCGCUGCUGAUGCUCAAAGCAUGGACUGCCCCCAACUUAAAGCAAACGGUUUUUCGUCCAAGCGGGUCAUCGUUUCAUGACGGGGCGGCCCUUACAAGUCGGAAGUCGGCACAAGAGUUGGUUCUAAGGUGACCGAUGGAAGAUUGAGGAAGGUACUUGCACUCGGCAGUGCAAAUAUAGGGCGCAUUCCCAGCCCCAGGAAUUUGCUCUUAUUGGCGGUCCCAAUAUUGGAUGAGUCGGGGUGACUUCGGCCUUGACAAUCUGAUCAAACUUGAUAGAAUUUUGAGCUAAGGCCGCCGUUCAGUCAAAAGCCUGUUUCUUGUGCUUGUUGCUUUGUCGGAUGUCGGUUUAUUGAAGCCCACUCAUAGACAGCUUACGCUCAAGCAUUUGCCAACCGUUUGGGUUUUGAGAAACAGCACGCAAGCGGACUAAGAGGAAAAGGACACAUGAUUUUGAAAGGCCGGCGUCGCGAAUAUUUAAGUUUGGAAACAAAAACAAACCAACCCCGACGCAAAAUCGGCUUUGGGGCCCUGCUGGUAGCUUUGUCCUUGUCCCAUGCUUGGGCAGAGCUUGAUCGCGAUCUGCAAACAAUGUCUUUGCAAGUCGAAAGAUCGGGUGGCCAAAAACCUAUGGUGGCAGUCGGUUUCCGCUGGACCGACCAAUUAGGGAGCAUGCUUGACGACUUCCUGCACGUGGGCUCAUCAGCAAAGUGAAGCAACUGGUAGAUCACUGUUUCGGGCACUAAAGGACAAUUGAUAAACACGCGUGAUCUGGAACAUCCUAACCUCAGACACUUCGAGUAGGCAAUGUGAUAACAGCUCGGAUUCACGCAGACGCUGUAAAAAGUCUUGCGCUGCAAAAAGGGGGUGUGGUGUGUUUGAAAGAUCUUUUGCACAGCACGCCCACCGCGUGGCAUUGCCCAACUCAAGAGCUCCAGGCAGUUGCAAAGGCUUCUCGGUGAAGCUUGUUGCACGCGAUUGCUGGUAGCCAUUGUUAACCGGUUGCGGGAUGGCUGGUGGGUCAUGAAAGGUUUUUUUUUCAUCAGUGGACAACAACAGUUUCAGGUGCAAUGGUGUCGAAAUACUCUUUGUCCCCGCGCAGCUGCAUUUUGCUUUCAUCCGAGAUGUUUGGAAACUGUUUUUUUGGGGUGACCGGUCUCCAUUAACAGCAGACGCUAAAGUGGCAUGAAAUCAAACAACAACGUGUCAGAAAUGCGCUUCCAUGCCGGGGCUAAUCACGCGCUGGGGAGUGUGAGGCAGCGCCAUUUGAUGAAGACGAUGCUUCUUGUCACUGCGCCAGCCAAUGCCAAUGGAGCAGCAAGCUCGUCGACUUGCGCGACUGACUGUGAAUCUUGUAAUAUAUCGAUAAA